UUUCAAAAUUUUUCAUAGUCGUCUGCUAGAUAGAAAACAUAACCUGUUGAAUUUUAUACUUUUGUCUCAAUAUUCGUUAUUAUGUUUGCUAAAACACAUUUGUUACGGAUCCUAAGUGAUACAAGUAGGUUAAUCAAUCGACCCUCGUAUGUGUUAAAUCUUGCUGCCAGUGAACAACACAGUAGAGCUACACUCUCUGGUUUCACGAGAUGUUUUUCCAAAGACAACAACAAACCUUUCAAAGAAGGAAAAACAGCAAAAGAAAACAACAUUUCAAAUGAUGACGAAGUCAUUGAAAUUUUUGACGUUGAAGAAGAAAAGAAGAAAUUUGCUUCAAGUGGUAAUUUGACAUCGAAGUACAAAGUUUUUAAAGAUGAAGACUCACCCAUAAUAUUGGAUGUAGAAGAGGAGCGUUUAGUUUCACGAUCAGUCAAUGAGACCCAUGUGACUCAACAAAAUGAGUUUGAUGCCAUUUCUUUCAAACCGGGUGUGCAUGGAGUUUUUGACAUUGACGAAUUAGUUUCCAUUCUUAAAAGCAAGAAUGCGGAAGACAUUGUAGUUAUUCAAAUGGACUCUACCACAAACUUGGCACAGCAAAUGGUCAUUGUAACAGGAAAAUCUUCUCGUCAUUUGAAAGCCCUAGCCAGUUUUGUUCGCCUUGUGUACAAGAAGAAAAUUGGAAAACAUGAUUUGGUACCACACGUUGAGGGAAAAAGUAACAAAAGUGAUAAUUGGUUUGCUCUUGACUUAGGCAAUAUAAUUCUACAUCUAUUUUCCAAACAUACUCGAGCUGUUUAUGAUUUAGAAUCAUUGUGGGCUCUUGGUCCGGAAUUUGACCCCUUCCUUAAUGAAGCCGAAGAUCCUCUAGCUGCCAUUAUUAGCAAACAUUCACAUUAUAUAUCAGACCUUGAGCCUGCGGAUGCGAAGUAAUUGUUUGUAUGUUGUGUACUGUUCCAAAUUGUUUUUUAAAGGGUGGGAAAUGCUCCUUCCUUUAAAGGGAAGGAAUGAUAUUGAUUUUAUCAACUUAUAUACUUUAUUAAAUGUACAUACAAUAACAGACAAUCACAUUCUAAAAUUCUGUACCAAUAGCAAAUUAUUCAUAAAAUACUUAACAGUGGAAAUGAUUUAUCUUUCUCAAAACAAUUCUCUGAAAUAAAUGAGACUUCCUAACAGAGUUGAA